UAAUCAGUGCCGCUCAAUACUGUCAAAUCAAAACAAUUUUCGGUUACAAUUCACGAUGUGGGCGAAACAAAUUAAAAAAUAUUAAAUUACCUAACUGUGCACUGUUAUAUGCAGCUUUAACUUAAUUUGUAAUGAUCGUAGUGUAUGGGCAACAAUGGAGAAAAUUAAUUGUUUAAUAUUAUUAGUUUCAUUGGGUGUGUUAUUGUGGGGUGUGGCCGGACAAUAUGAAUGGCAAAUACGCGAUUCUUUCGACGAGAUUCGGGGCAAAAUGGACAAAGUUUCAACAGAUAACUGCUAUAUCAGCCAUCUAGAUGAUCUCUUUUUGCCAGAAGAUUCGGUCUCCCACCAUCCCGAUGUAAAAGAGAUAAACAUUAACCCUGUCUUCCCGAACAGAACCGCUAUGUUGCAUUUACACAACAUGGCCAUGACCAGAGCGUUUUUCUGGAGUUACAUUUUACAGUCAAGGUUUAUAAGGCCGGCUAUAAACGAUACCUAUGAUCCAGGUAUGAUGUAUUAUUUCCUAUCAUCUGUAGCGGAUGUAUCUUCGAACCCGUAUAUAAACGCUAGUUCGUUAUAUUUCUCGCCGAAUAUGUCGUACACAUCGUCGUAUCGAGGGUUCUUCAAUAAGACAAUGCCGAGAUUUGCACCAAGAGCUUUACGAGCAGAUGAUUUUAAUGAUCCCGUACAUUUACAAAAGAUAUCAACAUUAAACACUUUCUACGUAGAAGAUCAAGGUGCUUACGAACCUGACAGCCUGUCCAAAGAUUAUACUUCAGAUUUUUAUCGCAUUAAUGAGUGGUAUUCACUAUGGCUGCCUGAUAAAGUUGAGAAGCGUCAUGAUACCAAAACAACAUACCAAGUUGAAAUCAGAUAUGCCAAUAAUACUAAUGAGACAUUCACAUUCCACGGACCACCAGGAAACGAUGAGACACCAGGACCUGUCAACUGGACAAAACCUUAUUUUGAUUGUGGCAGAUUGAACAAGUGGCUUGUGGCAGCUGUUUCUCCCGUUGCAGAUAUCUAUCCUAGACACACACAGUUCAGACACAUUGAAUAUCCCACAUACACAGCAGCAGUUGUAAUGGAGAUGGACUACGACAGGAUAGACAUAAACCAAUGCCCUCCCAGUGAGGGCAACGACAAACCAAAUAGAUUUGCCUCCACAGCAAGGUGUAAAGAAGAAACCACUGAGUGCGAACCAAUCCACGGCUGGGGUUUCCGACGUGGUGGCUACCAGUGUCGCUGCAGACCUGGAUUCCGCCUGCCGAGCAUCGUACGGCGACCGUACUUAGGAGAGAUCAUCGAGAGAGCCACAUCCGAUCAGUACUACAAUAACUUUGACUGCUCAAAGAUUGGGUGGAUUCAACGCCUGCCUGUGCAAUGGGAGAAAGCGCACCCGUUUAUCCGUGCGAUCUACGCCGACCGCUACUACCAGUAUGUGAACUCGACCAGCGGCCCGGCCUCACUGCACACUGAACGAGUCAACAUUUACGAAGUACUGAACUUCAUCCGAGGAGUGCAACCACAUAACUGUUCCGAAUAUAACCCAACGGAUUUGUUCCUGAACGGCGACAUCGCAUACGGUGCUGAGGAACAGUUCGAGAAUCAAGCGAAAAUGGCGGUGCGACUCGCCAACUUUAUUAGUGCAUUCUUGCAGGUAUCGGAUCCUAAGGAGGUGUUCAGUGGCACGCGCGUAGCAGAUAAACCCCUCACUGAAGAUCAGAUGUUGGGGGAGACGCUCGCCUUAAUUCUUGGCGAUUCAAAGAUUUGGUCUGCUGGUACAUACUGGGACAGGAAUAAGUUCACCAAUCGCACAUUCUUUGCGCCUUUUGCAUACAAGACAGAGUUGAACACAAGGAAGUUCAAAUUGGAGGACAUGGCAAGGAUCAAUAACACUGAUGAAGCCUACACAAACAAACCUUGGUUCCAAUUCCUAAAACAAAGAUGGUCGACCAACUUCGACAGCCUCGAGAAGUUUUUCCUAAAAAUGAAGAUACGUGACGAUGAAAUGGGAAGAUAUCUGAAGCAUUACGAACGGUACCCGACGUUCUAUAGAGCUGCGAGCAUUCAACAUGGCCACUGGACUCAGCCGUAUUACGACUGCAAGGGGCAUUUGAAACAGUGGGUUAUCACUUACGCAGCUCCGUUCUUCGGAUGGGAUAACGUUAAAGUCAAAUUGGAGUUUAAGGGCGUCGUAGCAGUUACAAUGUCGCUGAUGUCUCUCGAUCUGAACCAGUGUCCGGACAAAUACUAUAUACCUAACGCCUUCAAAAGCACCGAUAAAUGCGAUAGGAGCUCUUCAUAUUGUGUACCAAUUCAAGGUCGCGGAUUCGAUUCCGGCGGCUACAAAUGCGAGUGCCUCCAAGGCUACGAGUACCCGUUCGAGGACCUCAUCACGUACUACGAUGGGCAGAUCGUCGAGGCCGAGUUCCAGAACAUCAUAGAAGACAAACAGACACGCAUAGACAUGUUCAAGUGUAGGCUGGCGGGCGCCUCCUCCAUACAGUGUAGUGUGGUUGUAUUACUAGCAUUAAUGAUGUUUCUUUGGAAGUUCAGGUAAUAUUAGUAUAAAAGAUAUUGCAGAAAAGAAUAUUAGAUCUUUCUAUGGAUUAUAAUUGAAUCGGUAGUCGGUAUGAUUUAAAUUAGACAAAACUAAAUCGAUAUUUAUAGAACACAAAAACUGUUUGUAGCGAUGAAUAAUCCAGCUCAUCUAUAUAAUAUGAAACCACCUGUCGUCCUGGUAUACGCCCACUUGAGCAUAGCUGGGCAGCUAUGCUCAAGUCUAAGCAUUUAUCAUCCUUAGCUUUAAUUACGUCCCACUAAUGGGCAUAACCUUCUCGCAAGAGAGAAAGUUUUGUAGUAAAGACCCACCACACUGCUCCAAUGCUGGUUGGUGGUCUUUAAUGAUUAUCACGUAUUGGUGAUUGUAACCAGGACCAUUUUCUUAACAUGCUUUUCGAGGCAGGAACACCUCAAUUUUCCUAACCUUGGGUUAGAACUGAAAGUUUCAGUUUUGCCUGGUUUUGCAGACUUUAAUAAUUUAAGCUUAAUUUACAUUGUAUAUGAUGGAAUUCCAAAAAGUAACGCCGGCUGCUAUACAAAGUAUUAUAUAAUCACUAAACCAACUUGUACAGGCUAAAAAUAAAUUAUGAAAUUUAGGCAACAUAAAAAUAGAUUAAAAUGAUUAUAGGAACUUUGCAGCUCUAAAAUAUAUCAACAUUUUGAUAACUCUAAAUAACAGCAAUGAAACUGCCUCAGUUUUCCAUUCCGCUAUAACGUCAUAGAGUAUACAAAUUAUGCUAAGAAUAUAUAGGUACUUAUUUUAGCUAAUUAAACAGAUAUCACGAAAUACUGAAGGUAAAAUGUACCAAAACAACUUACUAGUUGUUUACUAUCAUACUUUAAUAAGUAUGACAGUAAACAACUAGUAAGUAGUAGAUAAUAUACUAUCAUAUAGUCAUACUUUUUAUACAUAAUAUA